GUUGGCUUGGGGUCGCGAUCCCGGCGGCCUGCCCCGUCCCCCGUCGCUGAUCAGUGAAAGGAGAAAUCAUGAUGUUUAUCCUGCUUACCCCAAAUUUCCAAAUAUUGCCACGACUCAUUUUAUCAACCUGUCAGUUUGGAUUGAUGUGGAAAUGUCAGGGGAAUCCCCUUAUGACGUAAGACUACGAGAUAUAAGAAUCUCACUUGGCAAAAUGGCGGAGUACGCAAACCCCGAAGACUGGCGCUUUGAUUUAAACUCGCAUCCCAUUUUUGAGAAGUUGCGGUCAAAUCCACCUAGAAAUGGCAGAAAUGAAAGAAUCAACCCUGAAAAUUUGAUAUUUGUUCACGAUGGUCAAAUUUACGUGUGGGAUAAUGAUGCAGCGAGGCUUCUAACGGCGAAUCUCCGAGACGUCCUCGUCCAAGAACAAGCGCAUCAGUGCAACACACUACAGGUUCUCUUGUGCAUCAAUGCCCCUGUCUUUGAUGUUGAACAUAUAGUACCAAGUCUUUGUGGGGAGAAUGUCUUGCUGUAUGGUAAGAAAGGAGCCAGUGUAUUGGUGCUUCCUCGGAGACAUGGCAAGCAUGGAUUGUUUGAAGGAGGAAAGGCACAGAUUAAUUGCAGGAUUACACCAAUAGCUGAGAGGCUCUUCAUCUCUAAUACAUCAUUAUGUCUGCUGAAGGCUGCCUGGUACCCAGGGAGCGAGAAUGAUAUGCAUUUAUCAAUGCUUACUUCAGACAACUAUUUCAGACUCUAUGACAUCACUUCACCACUCAAACCAGUCCAAACCCAUCGACUGGGAUCACAUGCUACCAGCUUUGCCUUGUCUUCCUCUCACUCCACGUUUGACGCUGCACUGGGUGAGAUCGCCAUCACCUUUGAUUAUGGCCCGCCCUCUCUAGUCCAGGCCAACACAGUGUACAGAGGGGCGGGAUCAGAGAGCUUUAUAUACCCUGUCUUCAUCCUUAGAGGCAAUGGGGAUAUCUAUGUGCUGAAUACAAGUUUGACAGAUGUUAGAUAUUCACACACCAAGCUACUUGGACCUCUGCCCAUGCACCCCCCUGCAGAGGAUAACUAUGGCAUGGAUGCAUGCAGUCUUUGUUGCCUUGAAAGCCAACCACCAGUUCUAGUUGUUGCUACCACCUCAGGCCUUCUCCACCACUGUAUCCUUGUUGCUGGUGAAACAGAUGCUGACGAUGACAAUACAAGCAUCCAAUCUGGUGACACAUCAAGCAUAGCUUCACUUGGACCAGGUGACAGUGAAUUCUCUCUGUAUGUGUAUGAGACUGUAGAACUGACGAGGUGUCCUGUAACAGUGGAAGAUUUCGAUAGCGAUAUAUCCUAUCCCAUCAUGCUUCAUUCAGAUCCUUCAUCAUGUAAGAGAUACUUCUGUUCUCACAGCGGUGGAGUACAUAGUGUCAUCUUGGCCUGGCUGGACAAACUAGAAAAAUUCUGUAGUAAUGGAGGAGAUGAAGAGGAAGAGACUAUACAUGAAGUGAACCAGGAUCAUCCCUGUAUAUUAAGGCACAUGAUUUGUACCAUGCCCUCAGAAACUUGUGCUCCAUCUCCUAUUUUGGGUGUGGCAGUCAUCAUCGAUCAGUUGCUAGGCAACAGCCUCAUAUGCUUGACUCACAACAGGGAAUGUAUGAGCACACCCCUUGUCCCUAUAGAAGCUUCUACCCCACCCCCACUGAUGUCUGAGGGGAGGGGUGAUGAGCCUCCAGUGUCCCCCCUCAGGCAAGCCAACCCAGAACCAUUCCAGAAGUACAUCAAGAGACUCCUCCAGAGAAACCAUUCCAAUCCUAUUCUCAAGACGAGUAGUAAGACACAGCUCAAUCUUGAUGAAUGUUUCCAGCUGCUCCUACGAGCCACCAAGACACUGAGAGAGGAAUAUAUUCAUAAACAAGACACAGUCAAGGAAGAGAUUGAAAAGAGAGUUAAGAUCCUGAAACAACAGAAACGGCAGCAGUUGGCAGAUCUUGCAGAGUGUCAGCAAUUAAAGGGAGAUAUCAGCAUCAAAGCAGAGGAGUUAGCUGAGAGGUAUAGUGAUGCAGAGGAUAAACAGGAAGAACUUCUCAACAGGGUUGGGGUUGUCCUACACACUCUACAGAGUCAGCUACCCAUCCUAUCUGAGGCUGAGCAGGGUAUGAGAACAGAGUUAGAAUCAAUGCAGAACAAGAUUGAACACCUCAAGACAUCACUCAAGCAGGUGAAAGCUAAAAACAUCUAUCAGCAGAAGUAUGCUGAGAAACAACAAAAGAUUAAGGCACCACCAUCUUUGAGUCGAGCCCAAGAAAAACAGCUGAAAUCACUACUCAAAGAGCAAACUGAGGAAAUUGCAACUCUCAUUUCAGAAGUUCAGAAUAUCUCAAUAGCGGUUGGGCCAUGAGCUGAAAUUACCAGUCAAUCAAUUGUUAUAUACAGGGCUUCAUUUCAUAACACUUUUCCUCAUCAACAUAGGACAAUUGUUAUCAGCUUGAUUGGUUUAGAGCAAGUGUUGGGAAAUGGGAGAGUAUUUGUGAAACACGGCCCUGUUGGUGGAUAUGCAUGUUUGUAUACAUACACUGACCAAAAGAAAGCCCAAAUCAUUCUCCUGAAUUAUGUUGAUUUCAAAUGGAAAUGAAAACAUAUAAAAUGUUUCAAAGGGGCCUUUGAUUACGGAUACAGUUGGGUUCAAUAAGGACAUAUGUAGUAUGCCGGUCGAUGAGUUUCUUGUUGGAAUGCUCCCCUGGGAGUGGAGAAAGUGCAUGAGCGGGAUAAUGAUAAUUGCAUGUAAAGCACUUAUAAACGCUAAGUAUUAAGUGCUAUAUACAGUUGUGCUCAAAAGUUAGUGAAACCCCAGUACAAAAUACACUCCUUUAUGUUCGGCAAACCCCCCAAAAAACUUUAUUCAGAAAUAACUAAAAUAUGGCAGAAAUUUUAAAUAUGCUCAUAUUCUGGUGGUGUUCACUGCCUUUUGAGCACCACUGUAAAGUAACUAUUAUUAUAUAAUGAAUGAUAUGAUGUUUUCUUUAGUGAUUUAUUCACAACACUUGUAUGAUGUUGAAUACUACUAUGAUUCUAUAUUUUGAAUUCUUCUUAGAUACUAGCAUGAAGGCCAUACUGAUAGAGUAUUCACGCAAAUGUAGGAUUUUUUGUAUCGGGCAGAGCAUUGACGAAGAGAGUUAGUACAUGUAUCUAUGCUCACCAGCAUACUCAAACAUUUGAUUUUAGCAAAAUUCUUACCAGUUAUCUGUUGCCAUACAUAUAAUUGUGACAAAUAUAUUAUGCAUAAAGAAUAAGAAUAAAAACUCAUGGUAAAGAGGGAGGGGGGGGGGGUGCGAUUAACAGAAACUCUCUUUGCACCUAUGUACACAGCUGAUGCAAAGUUUUGAGUUGGUUGGUAGGAAUUGUAUGCUCAGCUUAAGUUUUACUUCGGACCUUAUAGGCUUUUUAUAGGCCUUUCAUGAAACCUAGAUGAGUUUCAAUAUAACAAAAAUUGUCAAGAAGACAUGUGCAACAUUCAAGUCAUUUAGGUGAUUCAGAAAACCUUGCUACAUGCUGUGUUUUCAGUUUGGUCGUAAGAGAAAAGCUCUCAACUAUGUAAUGUACAGUCCUAUGUAAAGAUAUGCUAUAC